AUGCGGGAGAGUCUGGACGGCCUGCCUGAUCCUCUGGUAGGCUCCAUCCUACACAACCUGUCCGACACCGACCUGCUGAACGUCAGGGCCACCCAGCGCCGGCUGAAGGCGGCCGCGGACUCCCUGAGCAAGGCCAGGUUCCACCAGCGUUGGGGCAUCGAGUCCGUGUCGGAGGCCCCCCGCUGCGCGCCGCUCUACCUUGCCGCCCGCGCCCGCCACUUCGCCUGGCGCCACGAGCUGGGCCCCCACGAGACCCUGGCCUCCGUGGCGCUGCGCUACGACUGCGAGGCCGCCGUGCUGCGGCGCUGCAACAACCUGAUGGAUGAUGCAGUGGAGGACGUGGCGGCGUCAUGCCUACUCCUGCCGCUUAAAAAAGCAGACGCCGGGCCCAUUGGGCAGGCCCUCAACCUCUCAAGUCUCACACCCGACUACCUCGCAGAGCGGGAUGCAGGCUGGGCGGCGGUGUCGGGCUCGGGCCCGGCCACGCGUCGUCAGAGGGCUUGA